CUUUCUCAACGUCAAAAUAGCUGACCUGCAGGUCUCGCUGCUUCGAAACACCACUUGCUCGUCAAAUAGCCAUAUUUAAACCAUCAAAAGCCCCGAUCCAAACGCCAUUGUAUCCAAAAAAAUUUGCCAAUCAAUAUAGAUCCAAAAUGUUCAACUCUGGGCAACCCCCAAAGAAUUCUUCAACACCCACAAACUUUUUUUUUCAGCCCAUGGCUACUAAAAAAAAAGUCCCAAGGUCCGGCUUUCGCGGCACGUCUUCCUGUCAGACCAAUGUCAACGAACCCGAUCCAAACGGAGAUGUGACUCUGGUUGUUUCCCCGCCAGCACAUUUACCCGAGUAUAAACAAAAGAUCAGCCUAUUUGGAGCCACAUCAUCUUCCCCGAGUAUUACUACUACAUCCAACGACUCGACUGAGUCGAAACCAUUGAAGUCGCGGUUUCGGGUCUCCUCAAGACAUCUAAUGUUGACCUCGGCAUACUUCGGAAAGAUGCUCACUCCCCGAUGGCGGGAAGGUCAAGAACUCGACGCCAAUGGGUCUAUGGAACUGGAUAUUACUGACACCGACCCAAAUACAUUCUUGAUCAUAUUGAAUAUCAUUCAUUGCCGCAUGGCACGGGUUCCUCAUGUUGUGGAUUUUGAUACAUUGACUGAGCUGGCUGUCUUGGCCGACUAUUUCCAAUGCCACGAAGCUCUUGAACCCUAUCCAUCGAUAUGGCUUCGACACUUGAAAAACAGUGUUCCUUCUAUGUAUUGUCGUGAUCUUGUGAAGUGGAUCUUUAUUUCUUGGGUGUUUAACUAUGACGAUAUCUUUACAAAGGUGACACGGAUCGUACAACUUCAUGCGGAUCAUGAUAUCUCUCUUUAUAAUUUGCCCAUUCCAGAGUCUAUCUAUAGCACAAUCAACAAAACCCGAAGAGUCGCCUUGUCCACAAUUCUCGCCGCCCUUAAACGGCGUCGAGAGUAUCUGGAAAAUAAUGAUCAACCAGCAUGCUGUGCUGAUUGUGACUCAUUAUAUCUAGGAACUCUCAUCAAGUCAAUGAAAUCUAACGACCUCAAUCCUGAAUCGUCAUACUUUUACUUCUCUGUCGACACUGUUGCUAGGCGGAUAUCGAAUUUCCGACAGCCCCCUAACAUUCACGCAUCAAAACCUGGCUCUGUGACAUUCAGUACAGCAUUCCAGUCUAAUUUAAAACUUCUUGGUGAAAGCACGAAGCAUGAAAUUGAAAUGGCUACCUCUGCGCUCCAGGGUCUUGAUUUGAGUUGAUCUAGUGUACUUGGUUUUACGGGAUAUCACUUUUUUUUUUUUCAAACCAUAAAAGGGGAAUAUGCUUUAGCGUGGAUCUCUUUAAUUGCCGACAAUACCACCGGGAAAAUAUAUGGUAGCAGCUGAUUCAAUACUAUCCCUGGCACCCUAGCAAUAUUGCUAUCUGAUGGUAGUCAAACUUAUAAUGCCACAAUUCACCUCGGUGUUUCGCAGAUAAGCCAGACCUCCAACCUAGUUCAAUUUUAGCCCAAGUUUUUUCUAACUCCACACUAACAGUCCCUGAAAUUCCUUUAUCUAAUGGGCUCCCUUUGUUAGGGGCUAAGCCCGCAGCGCUAUAACUAGCUAUCAUACAAGAGGUUUCGUUGAAGGAGAGAAGAGCGGAUGUCCCAUCGGACAGCCUUUUAUAUACAAAAGUACGUUAUGCGGGGUAGUAGUCAAGUAACC